AAAGUGACAAGUCUCAGCCCUCUGCACGUUAUAGAAGGAGUAAGAAAGCUCUCGAAAAAACUGAUAAUCGUAUCCGGAGAAGAUAAGAUCUCGAAGCAGGCUCAAUAUAAUGCCACUCUUUUGAUGAAUAUUUUGAUUCGAUCAACGCUUUGUUCGAAGAAAAUGGCAUCGACGCACAAGCUGAACAUGGAAGCGUUCGACUGGUUGAUUGGUGAAAUUGAAACCCGAUUCCAACAAGCGAUUGCUCAACCGGGUGAAAUGGUUGGCGCUUUGGCUGCUCAAUCACUUGGAGAACCAGCCACUCAAAUGACUUUGAACACUUUCCACUACGCUGGUGUGUCUGCAAAGAACGUAACACUUGGUGUACCUCGACUGAAGGAAAUCAUCAACGUAUCAAAACAGCUGAAGACCCCUUCGCUGACGGUGUUCCUACAGGGAGCUGCCGCAAAAGAUGCAGAGAAGGCGAAAGAUGUCCUUUGCAAGCUUGAACAUACGACGCUGAAAAAGGUUGUGUCCAACACUGCGAUUUACUACGAUCCUGAUCCGAAAAACACCUGUAUCGAGGAAGACGAGGAGUGGGUCAGUAUUUUCUACGAAAUGGCGGACUUCGAUCCAAGCCGUGCUUCUCCUUGGGUACUUCGCCUAGAACUUGAUAGGAAGAGAAUGACGGAUAAGAAGUUAAGUAUGGAGCACAUCGCGGACAAGAUCCAGCAAGGAUUUGGAGAUGACCUUAAUGUGAUCUACACUGACGACAAUGCUGACAAGCUUGUGUUCCGACUUCGCAUCACCAAUCAGCCUUCCGACAAAGCUGCAGAGGUUGAACAAGUGGAUAAAAUGGAGGACGAUGUCUUCCUGCGUUGCAUUGAGUCAAAUAUGUUGUCUGAUCUUACCCUGCAGGGUAUUGGCUCGAUUUCGAAAGUCUAUAUGCACAAACCAACGACGGAUGACAAGAAACGCGUCGUAAUCACUCCCGAAGGAGGGUUCAAGGCCAUUUCUGAAUGGCUUCUUGAAACUGACGGAACUGCUUUGCUGAAAGUGCUCUCGGAGCAACACAUCGAUCCUGUGCGCACCACUUCCAAUGACAUCUGCGAAAUCUUUGAGGUGUUGGGAAUUGAAGCAGUACGUAAAGCUAUCGAACGUGAAAUGAACAAUGUCAUUUCUUUCGACGGUUCUUAUGUUAACUACCGUCACUUGGCUCUUCUUUGUGACGUGAUGACGGCUAAAGGUCAUUUAAUGGCUAUCACUCGUCACGGAAUCAACAGGCAGGAAGUGGGUGCCUUGAUGCGCUGUUCAUUCGAAGAAACCGUUGAUAUUCUGAUGGAAGCGGCUGUACAUGCGGAAGUAGAUCCUGUGAAAGGAGUAUCCGAGAACAUUAUGCUUGGGCCACUUGCCAGUGGUACGGCGCGCUUUUCGAAUUUGGUUUUGGAUGCGGAGAAAUGUAAAUAUGGUAUUGAAGUGUCGACUAUGAUGGGUAUGUAUGGAGGCCUUGGGCAAUAUGGCACAGCACACAGUCCUGCUAGCUCCUCAAUGUCUCCUGUGUCCACCCCAUGGAAUGGUGGUAUGACUCCCGGAUAUGGAGCAGGAUGGUCGCCAAUCGGAAGUGGUAUGACGCCGGGUGCAGCUGGAUUUUCGCCAUCAGGCCAUUCAGAAACCGGAAUGUCUCCUGGAUACGGAGGAGAGGGAGGAUGGUCGCCAACUUCACCUGCCGAUCCUCUAGGAGGCAUGUCCCCGUCAGGAGCUACACCACGUUACGGUGGAGCGAUGUCGCCUGGAUACUCACCAACGAGUCCAAAUGCAUUCGGAGCGCAAAGUCCAAGCUAUUCUCCUACCAGCCCUCAUUACUCCCCAACGUCUCCCUCCUACUCGCCGACGUCGCCAAGUUACAGUCCAACGAGUCCAAGCUAUUCUCCAACAUCGCCGUCGUACUCCCCGACCUCGCCAUCCUAUUCGCCUACGUCACCCAGUUACAGUCCAACCAGCCCCAGUUAUUCUCCGACUUCCCCAUCUUACUCUCCAACAAGUCCCGGAUAUUCUCCAAGCAGCCCACGUUACUCACCAACGUCACCAACAUACAGCCCCACCAGUCCAACUUAUUCACCUACAUCGCCUACGUAUUCGCCGACGUCACCAACGUACAGCCCAACGAGUCCCAGCUAUGGCGGCAGCGGUUACAGCCCAUCGAGUCCUCGGUACUCCCCUACGUCGCCAACGUACUCUCCCACAAGUCCCACUUACAGCCCAACGUCACCACAGUACAGUCCAAGCAGUCCACAGUACUCUCCGUCGUCUCCUCAGUACUCUCCCAGUUCUCCGCGUCCAGAUGCUUCGCCAUCUUACUCACCGUCCUCACCACAGUACAGCCCUACUUCACCUAUAUAUACUCCAAGCAGUCCUCAGUAUUCUCCCAGUUCGCCGCAGUACACUCCGUCAGGAAAUCCUGCCUCCCCAGUGUACUCUCCAUCAUCGCCUCAGUACAGUCCAAGUUCACCACAAUACAGCCCCAGCUCUCCCAAUUACACGCCGUCAUCACCUUAUUCACCCAACUACGAUCCAGACAACUUCAGUUAA